CGCCUAGGUGCCUACUUACCUACUGCUGGGCUUCCUUCCUUCCUUCUUUCUUUCUUUCUUUGCGUCGCUUUGCGCGCGGUUGCGGAUGCUGAGGUCCUAAAUACCUACCUACCUGGGGGCUCUGGCGCGGGGUGUGGGUGUGGGUGUGGGUGGGGGGAAAUGUAGAUAUGAAUGCUUGUUUCUCUGUCUGUCUGUCUGGCUGUCUGUCUGGUUUUCUUUGCUGGGUGCUGAUGGUUGUUGUUGGUGCUGGUGGUGGUUGCGCUCUACCUGCCUGCCUGCCUGCCUGCCUGCCUGUCUGGGUUGGGCGCCGCGGCUUAUUCCGCUUAAUCUUAAUGGCUCUGGCUGCUUUGUGCUUGCUUACCUGUCUACCUAUCUAUCGGUAUGUCAGUUUAUCUGCCUGCUUAAUCACCGAUUCGGUUGGUCUGCCUGUCUGUUAGGCUGUCAGCCGGUCAGCCAGCCUAACGCCUCGUCCG